AUGGCUUCAAUCGAUCAAUACGAGUCGUUGAAAAGUAAUGGUACAUGGCAAGAUCGUUUGACUUAUGUUGUAUCAUUGUCUGAUAAGAAUGAAAUCGAAAAUCAUUUAAAAAAAUCGGCAUCGACGUCGUACGAUGAUUUACAGAUGCUUAUUUUUCUAUCAUGGUUAACAAAGAAUGAUAAAAAUCUCUUGGAAAUAUUCAAAUCACCUUCAUUUCCAACAAGACAACGAGCUACCGCUUGUCAACGUUGGCUUCUGCUACAAAAAAAUGAAAAGCAAAUUCUUGAGUUCCUCGAAACUUCCAUUAAUGAUAAAACGAUACCUCGAUAUUUAAAACAAAAAAUGGUGAAAAAACUCUGCCAUAUCGAUGUUUUGAGAAAAUCUCCUUCAUUUUUUUAUGAUGCAGUUUGCCAUUUAAUCGACCCAAAUAAUUAUAGUCGAUACAAUCUUGCUCCUUAUUUACUACCUUUUUGUAAAACCGAUCAGAUUAUUGAUCUUUUAUCUCGAUGGUCAAUAAAAGGUUUUGAACAAAUUGAUCGUUCAACGACAUUGCGUUCAAGAUUAAUCGAUCUUCAACCUUCGAUUGUUAUUCAACUCAUGAAAGCUGAUUUAGAUGCAUUGAAAGCUCAUUCAGAAAAAUCUGCCGAUUAUUUUCAAGGAAAGACAACUUUAAUGAAUUCACUGUCGAAGAAGGUACCAAAAGAAGUAGUCUGUUUAGCAGUUGAAUAUUUAAAUCAAUUACAACCGUCGAUUCGAUCAAUACCAGCAUUUAUAGCGUCGCAUCUGACAUCUUUUUUUAAGAAAGCUCCUAAUGAAAUGAUUCACUUGAUCACCACGAUAGCUUCGAUUCAACCAGGUACAUUACGUCGCAGUAAUUCUUCGAGAUACAGUUCUCAAGAAAACAAUUCAUUAUCGUUGCCCCGUUCAUUCUCCGUUGAAAGUCACGUUCGUCUAUUUCUUGCUUUAUACAAUACUUGUAAAUGGUCGUCGAAUAAUACUGUUCAAAUUUUUCGCUUAAUGUUAAAGAGUAAAAACGAAAAGAUUAGUAUCUCUCGGCUACAAAAAGAGCGCAAGUGGGUGAUUGAUAAUAUUAUAGAAAAGCAUAUUGGAGAAGAAUUAUUUUUAAAAAAAUUAUUAGAAGAAGGUAGAAAAGCGGAUCUUGACCUCUUCGAAAAAUACCCAGAAAUUACAACACCCCUUUCAAUUCAUUUAUUAGCACAGCAUGAAAGUAAUAACAUCGUAACAGAUAGUACACGUUUAGAAUUUAUCCGCUAUCAAUCAAUGACACAAAAUCUGUACGAUAAAUUUUUAUUACUAAUGAAAAAUACAGGUUCCGAUGUAUUUCAACGUCAAAAAAAUUAUGUGCUGCUUUUUCAAUGUGCUUUGUUAACGAAUCAACAAUUUGUUAAAACUGUCCUUCAAUUCAUUGCAAAAAGAUUUGCCAAUGAACAAUUUAUCGUUAUUGAAUCUUUUUUUAACUAUUUAACUUCAGCGCAGGCGAAAUUACAUUUUCAAAUUUUACCAGAUAAUCUUGAAUCAAUUGAAACAAUCAUAAAUAUAGCAAUGAAUCAUUUGCAAAAAUCGUAUUGUAUGCGAUAUGCAAUUAGUAAGUACGGUGCAAAUUUACUACAAUGUGUUGCAUAUUAUCGAAACCAGGAAGCGAAGAAAAUCAUACAAGAAUUCGCUUGGAAAAUUAUAAAAAAAUACUACUCCUGUGGUGAUUCUGCGUUUCGUAGUGCAAAUAUACCUAAAUCAUAUACAGAAACAUGGCGUCAAAUUGCAGAUUUUCAUAUUUCGGACAUCUAUCCGGUACUUAUUUCAGAAUCCAAAUUCAGCACAUUGAACGAUUCAUUGGAUAUGUUUAAAACUAACGUUUCAUAUUUAUCUCAAAUUGAUUCAUUCAUAAAUUCGUUUUUUACGAAAACUCUACUUGAAUCGGAAAAAAUUCAAUCAGAAUUACAAGUCAGCCAUCUUACUAAAAUGAUUGACUUAUUUUUAAAAAAUCGUUCAACUCGAUUCGAACGAGUCAAUCAUUUGAUCAAUAAAAUCGAUAAAGUGUUCUUUAUGCAUGAAACGGUUCAGCGAAUCGCUGUAUGUUCUCAACAGCAUCGACAACUCAUAGAUACAUUAUUGCAAGAUGAUAAAUGUCUUACGCUAGAAAAAUUAUUGAAAGAAUCAAAUAAUUUUUUAAAAAGUAUGGUUCAUGAGAUAGGACAUUACAAAGUACCUGGGCUUGACACUGACAUAUUGGAUUCAUCUCUUCAUCGAUUAACUGGAAAACAACAAGAACAUAUUACAAAUAUUAUUUUGAAUGAUUACCUUGUGGAUGCAGGUGUAUCGACAUUGAGGAAAUUAAAACUAUUGCGUAUCUUUCGUCGUCUCACAUGCACAUAUAACAAAACUCUCGAAUGUUUUCAUGCAAAAUUCUAUUCUUCAUCGACCGUAGAAGAGAUUGAAGAAAAUCCUGGUCCGCGUACUCGUUAUUUUGUUCCAAAAACAUUUGAUAAAGUUAUUGUGUGUUUACCGGGUACAUUUGAUUUAGAUGAAGAAUCUUUAUUAAAGCAAUUUCAUCUAUUGAAAACAAAAUUAAAUGCAUCGAAUGCAAUGUUCGUUGCAGAUACUAUGUUAAGUAUCUCACGCAGAAUCAAUGAAGAAUUAUUCUUGAAAUCUUAUCUUGAAUUGCUUCGUGAUGAACAACUUCCAAAGCUUGGUAUAACAGCUUACAAAGAAGUUCUUCGUUUACUGAUAUUAUACUCAUCGGAUCCAACUUUAGUAGAAACUGAUAUAAAACCCUUAUGGGACAGUCAUCCACAUCAAGAUCUUCGUGCAUGCCUCAUUUUGAUUUUACUUCAUUUCGUAGGCAAUCAUAAUAAUUCGGACGAUAUUGAUAAAGCUAUUUGGCAAAUUCUCGAACAAGCUGCUGAAGAUGAUUAUCUUAUUAUUGUACAAUCGUUAUUUGCUUUUCAUCAAAAACAUAGUCGUCGACGAUUACCACGUUCGAAAAGAGGAACUAGCUGUUGGCCAUUAACACGUUGGAAAAACUUAUCAAAUCCUUUAUAUGAAGAAUUUGUCAAUCGAAUACAAUUGAAAGUAUUAGAUCAUCCAACAUCCUUGAAUGCACGUUCAUGGGCAUGGGAUAAUAUUGAAUAUGAACAUUGUGAUAUAAACGAAGUGUUUGACAAGGCUCAAAAGUUAUGCAUUCAGUUCGAUGAAACGGGAAAUAAACUAUGGGAACAAGCAUUUAACAAAAUUAUUCUUCUCUAUCGAGAAAAUAAGAUAUCGUCAAUAAAUAAACUUAUUGAUUUUAUCAAAAAAGUCGCAUCACUGCGAGAAGGCAUUGACUUACAGGAAAAUGCAAUUGACUGUCGACAUGAUUUACCAGCAUACCGUCGUCUUGACACAAUUUUAGGGGUACUCAUAAAUUCUUUAGGAAGCUUUAAUAAUGAAAAACAACUCGCUCUUCGUGCAUUUGCACCAAUUAUUAUUCAAUUGGAUAAGACAUUGGCUUCGUACGCGGGAGAAAUCUUAAUGAAAACAGCUCAAAAUAAAGAAGAUAUGGAAAAUCAAAUCAAAUUUCUUCAAGAGAAUUUGCCUGAAAAUUUCUUCGAAUAUCUAUUGAUGGAUUUAUCUCAUUUACUUACAUAUGAAUCUACUGAUUAUUUCAUUAGCAAAAUGGACAUUGAUGAAAAACUUGCUUUUGCCGAAUGGUUUAUUAAUGAAAAAAAUCGGCCGCUGUUUGUCUACAAUUUUCUCACUGAAUAUGUUUUCGAUCACAAAGAUGUUAAUAGACAACAAUGUCAAAAGAUUAUACGAAGUUGGAGACAAAGUGAAAAUCUACGUCUGAAACAAAAAGCAAUGGACUAUUGUGUGCCUUGGGAUAAAAACACGCCAUAG